AUGAAAGGUCAAGUUAAAGAAUCCUCGGGUGAUUCAGUGGUGACUAUCAGUCCGUAUACUCUUCCAGAAUCCAAUAAUUCUAAAUUACUUUCAUUAUUAAAACCAUCUCCAUUAAUAGCAUCCACUACAACACAAGAGAAUGAUAAUAAUGACAUCACCAACAAGAACAUCCAAUUAGACAUCGCCAUACCAGUCUUAAAAUCUAUUGAUGUCUCACAUCUAGUCAAACUCAAUAACAAUAUCAUCCUAUCCCAAAAAUCCGAACAAUCGACUCAUAAUGGUUCCAACAAGACUAAUAAUUCAGUAGUUGAUGAUUUAAUCGAUGAGAAUGAAGAACCAAAAUAUUUCAUCAAUAUAAAUGAAUUAAAUCCAACUAAUUUAAAAGAUCAAAUCUCAAUAAUCAUAAUCAAGAAUUUCCCAAAUUUCAAACGAAUGUCAAUUGAGAAAUUAUUAUAUCUGUUAAUAAAUCUUGAUCAAAAACGAGUGUUUAAAUGGUCAGUAGUGAAUUAUGAACAUGUAGAUAAGAAAAUUGUGUUUAUUCGUUUUGAUCACUUGAUAGAUUUGAAAUGGUUUUUGAUGACUUAUAAAGAUACCAUAUCCACUCUUUUUGAGAAUGACAAAGUUGAAAUCAUCACCGAUGAGAAAUUAUCCCAAUAUUUCGAUCAAAUUGAUGAUAAUGAAAAGAUCCAACCUAGUAAAAUACCAGAACUGACCAAAGCAAGGAUUCAAAUCAUGUUACAAAACCCCAAACAUUUGGAGAAAUCAAAGAAGACAGGUACGGAAGAUUUGGAUGAAGUUUUGGCUUAUUAUAGUAAUUAUAAAGUUGAUAAUAGUGAAUUAAUCGAUGUCCCUACCCACAUGAGAGAAUCAAUCGUGAAGGAUGUUAUAAAAUUCAGAUCAAGAGUCUUGUUAAAGGAAAAAGAGAAACGGAAACGAGAAAUUGAAAUGGAAAGAAUCAAGACUAAGAAUAAAUUAAAAGAAUUAUUUGAGGGUAUAAAGGAAACCAAUGAAUUAGAAAAGAAUACCGCCACGCCAGAACCAGAAUCAUCAUCGGCAAGACCAAAAAUAGAAAGCACCCGUGAUGAAUAUGAGGAAAUGAAUGAUGAUGAAUAUUUGGAAUAUAAGGAAUUAGAAGAAGCUGAUAAAUUAGAAAAACAAUAUCAAGAAGAACUUAUCAAAAUGAAGAAUCGUGAACGAAUUGAACGAUAUCAACUAUUAGAUCGACUUGAAAGUUUAGAAAAAUAUGAAAGUAAUUUAAUUGACAAUAAAUUGAAGUUUAUUGAUGAAUUCAGAAAUAUAGAUAAGGAUUCUACUGGGAAAUCAACUUCACAAUUAGGUGCAUUGGUGAAUCUAUAUACUUAUAAUUACAAUCUGUAUUUGAAAACGAGAAUCCAGAAACGUAAUUUUGAACAAACGAAGGAUGAACAGGAUGAAAAACAAGAACAGCAAGAAUUACAAACUUCUCAAAGUGUUGAUCAGUUUGUAGUAUCGCAACUAGUUACCAAGAAACCAAAGAAGGAUACAUCUGAUAUCAUAAUCAAUGAUUUGUCUAAACAAGUGAAACAACAAUUACAAUCAAAAAUUGUCGACUUGGUACAAGAAUAUCUUGGUGUUGAGGAUGAUGUGUUGGUUGAUGUUAUUAAUGAAAAUUUACAAAAUAUGAUACUGAAUGGUAGAAAAGAACUUAUUCAAGAAUUAUCAGAAGUUCUAGAUGAAGAUGCAGAGAAUUUAGUUAAUGAUUUAUGGGAAUACGUACAUACACUUGUAUAA